CACAAGAUUGUGAAAACAAAAUAGCCCAAAAGGCUCGUUCUAUACAGAAGAAAUGGGUGAAGAAAGCGAGGAGAGCAGCAGGGGAAGAAGAGGAGGGGACAGAUGGUCUCUGCAUGCCAUGACUGCUCUUGUUACUGGUGGCACCAAAGGCAUUGGGUCUCUCUCUUCUUCCUUUGUGUGUUGAGACAUGCUAUCAUAGAGGAAUUGGCCGGACUUGGAGCAUCGGUAUAUACUUGUGCUCGCAAUGAAGAUGAUCUUAACAAAUGCUUGUACCAGUGGAAGGGUAUGGGGUUGGAUGUUCAUGGUUCAGUUUGUGAUUUAUCAUCACGCCCAGAUCGGCACAAAUUGAUCGAAGCAGUGUCUUCACAUUUUAAAGGAAAACUCAACAUCCUCGUGAAUAAUGUUGGCACAGCCAUAGGAAAAUCUACUGUGGAGUUUACGGCUGAAGACUUCUCCUUUAUGAUGAUGACCAAUUUUGAAUCUGCUUACCAUAUGUGCCAACUCUCACAUCCUCUUCUGAAAGCAUCAGGAGCAGGAAGCAUUGUAUUCAACUCCUCUGUUACUGGGGUGGUUGGCACACAUUGUAGCUUAUAUGGUGCUACUAAAGCUGCAAUGAACCAAAUUACAAAAAAUCUGGCUUGUGAGUGGGCGAAUGACAAAAUUCGAACCAACAGUGUGGCACCUUGGUUUAUAAAGACACCGUUUGUGAAAGAUGUUUUAGAAAAUAAGGAGUGGUUAGCAGGGAUAGUCGCCCGAACCCCUAUGCGACGUGUAGGGGACCCAGAGGAAGUUUCAUCUUUGGUUGCAUUCCUUUGCAUGCCAGCGGCAUCGUAUAUCACAGGUCAAGUAAUCUGUGUUGACGGUGGAAUGACUGUCAAUGGCUGGUAUCCAUGACAAGGAAAUUUGAUCCAGAUCACAUCUCUGUCUCUUAAAAUUUUAGGGCUCUAAGUUUUAAGGCCCUGUGUGAAAACAUUAAUGGGUUGAGGUAAUAAUUUGGAUUGAUGGCUUGUUGGUAGUAGCUCUUAUAAGAGUUUUGCGUUAAUCUAGGAAUAAGGGGAGAUAUUUUGAUCAUUUUGCAUUGCACAAACUUUAUGCAUUUAUGUGGAUUUGGCUUUCUAUGUGAACCCACCCACAUAUAUAGUAUAUGUAACCCUUGUCUCAAUAGUCAGAUCUGAUUAGAUGGCUUGAGUUCACAA